CAACAGCAGCUAGAGAAACAGAAGCCAUGAUUUCAGGAGGGAGAAGGGGGAGUGCAGAGGAGACAGUGCAGGGAGGAAAGGGAGACCCAGGCACUGAGUCUUUGGGACCAGUGCACCUCUGCUAAGACAAUAACAAGUGACAAAAACAAAACUCCUAGCCUGGGAAAAAACAAACUCUGGGAUACAUUUUUGACUGUGUCUGGUUUUAUAUAUCCUAAGAAUCUGAACAAAGUCACCAGCAACAGAUAAAGGUCCAAACGCAGUAGAAGCCAAAGAAAAUAAAUCUGGAGGAGUUGAUAAGAUGAAUUCCCAAGGUUACAACCAAAGAGUCAUCCCUCUGCCUGUUUGGUUUUGUUCAGUUUUACGGCGUUUUUAAUAUAAGAAAAACUCAUUAAAAAGCAGAAAAUAUAGAAACAAGUUCUGCCAAUUUAUUAAUCCCUCAAGUUACAUUGCUUAUGGCAUCAACAGAUUGUAUUGUCGGAAACUGAAGGCUUCUCGGAACUAUACCAGGGAGAAGUGGCUGUAAACCCGACAGGCAGAGGGACCCAGCAGCGACCAGCAAAGCCUGUAGAUCAUCACAUUCCACCAGAAGCUUCCAGAUAAACCCACAUGAGAAAGCCCUUCAACAAUACUCCUAAACAUCAGAGGGGACAGAAACUUGGGAGCCCAACAAGAGACGGUGGCUGCAAUAUGGCUCAGAGUGACUUCCUCUACCCAGAAAACCCAAAGAGGCGGCAAGAAGUGAAUCGCCUUCACCAGCAGCUCCUGGACUGCCUGUCUGACAGCUUCCAGGUCACCAACAAGCUGGCAGGGGUCCUGAACACCCACUUGGGCUGUAAGCUGGCCUUCAUUGAAAUGAAAAGAGAUGGGACCAUCAAAGAAAACUGUGACAUCAUUAUCCAAGCCAUGACCAAAAUCCAAAAGGAACUGCAAAAGGUUGAUGAGGCCCUGAAAGACAAACUGGAGCCAACCCUUUAUAGGAAGCUUCAGGAUAUCAAGGAAAGGGAAACAGAGAAGAUAGCAAUUGUGCAAAAGGUCAUUUCGGUCAUCCUGGGAGAAGCUACAUCUGCAGCCAGUGCAGUGGCUGUUAAACUCGUGGGCUCAAAUGUCACAACUGGCAUAAUUAACAAGCUGGUCACAGUGCUAGCUCACAUCGGGACUUCUCUCCUUGGUAGCAUUGGAAUUGCUGUGCUUAGUCUUGGCAUAGAUAUGAUCAUUCAAGCCAUCUUGGGAGCAGUGGAGAAGACGCAGCUUCAAGCAGCCAUCAGAAGUUACGAGAAGCAUCUGGUGGAGUUCAAGGCUGCCUCAGAGAGGUACCAUCAUGCCAUCACUGAGGUCAGCAGUGCCGUGAAGCGCCAGAUGAGAUGAAGUCGUGUCUCUACCACUGGGCUAGUCCCCUGCUUCCCCCUUCAUUGCAAUGCUUAUUUCUUUAACUAGCUUCAUUUUCCAUAUGCCCCUGAUGUGGACAGAGACAGAGUAAAUAAUUUGGAAUGUCUGGGUUCUGGAGCAACAGUGAGUGCCCAACUCGGAGGUACCAGACCCUCAAGGGAGAGUCUCUAACCAGACGUUCUCUUCCCCUGCUGUCAGAACCAUGUGGUAGAAAGGCAUCACUGAGCAGCAGGUACAGAAUUGUGUCCUUGUUCCCAAUCAGUGUCCUCAAACAUCCCACAUACAUGUCGAGACCAUGCCUAUCACCUGUCCCAGCCGUCACUUGAGUCUAACGAGACAUACUCAUCGGGCUGGACACACACCUAUGGGACACAGACCUACAGGAGAACUAGAAAUACUUCCAUAUUUUUACCACUGGAUUAAAUCCAAUUGUCUGAUGGAUUUAAAUAUGGAAAGGACAGCAAAGCAGCUACAGUUCCUUCAAGAAUGAAAGGAGGCAAUGGAACUCGGCUUGGUGUCUACUAAUUACAAAGCGUGCCUGGGUGGAUUUGGAAAAGAAUAAAAUAAUAAAACUUGUUUCUA